UCAAUCAAAUUUCAUUACAUGUAAUUAUUUUAAUUUUGAAUUUUCAAACCCAAUCGAAAAUCAUCACCCGCACCCUCUCUCUAUGCGUUGUCUCUUCGAGAAAACCAUCAAAAUCCUUUUUUCUUUUACAUUUUUCUUGUAAUUUGGUCUUCUCACCAAAAUCUAAUCUGGGCAUCUUUCAUUUUCCAUUUUCUUUCUAGGGUUUUGAAGUGUUUCCCCUUUCUGGCUCACUUCCAAUUCUAAUUCAAGUUCCAGUUUUCAUCAUCUGGGUAGUCUGAGAUCUCCCUUCCAAAUUUGGGUUCCUUUUUUUUUCAUCAAAGAUUCGAUGUCACAAGGCUUUUCAAUUGAGCUUUACUUUGAUCCAGCACUCGAAAACCAAGUCUUGAAAGCUUGGAAUGUAUUGGCUCGUCGCCAAAUCAGCACUCAGUUAAUUGAAAUUGAGUCAAGGCCUCACGUUACUCUCUUCUCCAGCCCUUUUCUAGACCCUGCCAAGCUUGAAUCUGUUGUCAAGUCUUUUGCUUCAAAACAAGGACCUUUACCUCUAUCUUUUACUUCAAUUGGGAGUUUCCCAAAUGACAAAAAUGUUCUUUUUCUUGCACCUGUUCCAACAAUGGCCCUCAUACAGUUCCAAGCUCAAUUAUGUGAGGCAAUUAAAAAGGAAGGGAUCGAAAUUGGUGAAGAGUUUAAACCUGACUCUUGGAUUCCCUUUUGUGCAGUAGCUCAGGAUGUGCCAAAAACAAGAAUAGCUGAAGCUUUUUGUGUGUUGAGAGAGUCCAAAUUGCCUGUUUCUGGAUAUGCAAUGGACAUUGGAUUGGUGGAGUUUUCACCUGUUCGUGAAUAUUUCUCAUUUGAACUUGGGAAUACUGUUGAGGCAUGAGAUUUUGAGGGCUCAUUAUGACAGUGUGUGUUCCUUUUGCCUUUUGUUAGAAUUCCAAAUUCUGUUUUCAUGAUGUGCUGCUAAUUUAGAUUUUAUUUAUAAUUAGAAAUGAAUGGUGGAUUCUUAGUUGCAACUUAUUAUGUUGUUUCUACAGAUCAGAUUGAAACUUACUUCUUUAUCCUA